CAACUUCUUCCGCGAGCUCGCGGACUCUGCCGUCAAAGACGACGACGCAGGUCGCGCGAUCACCGCCCGCACGCGAGCCGACACGAGCCAGCAUUUGCGUUCCCUGGACCCCGGAGCGGUCACGAGUUCCGUUCUCCUGCUGGCAGCUACGGCCUUCGCCAUCGGACUUCCCAUCGGAGCGUCAACUCCUCUUCCCAGAGCAUCGACUGAAAUCUAACGACAACCAGCGAUGGUGCCUGUCCAGGCCCCACCACCUCAACCAGGAUUUAAGGAAGACAAAGGAAGAACCGGAGACGUGGGGCAUACAAGUGGACACCUCGAUGUGCAGACGCAGCCAGACAGCUUUCUGAACACGUGCGUGACCAUCGUGGCCGUCCUGAUCGUCAUCACGCUUAUCGUCAUGGUCGUCAUACUGCUCAAGUGUUUCUCCGGGCGAGAAGAUUGCCCGCGCGUGGAAGGCCCAUACAACCCGUACAGCAAUGUGUCGCUGACCUGCGAGUCCGAAGACUGCCGAGACUACGGCUCCAUGAUGCGCUCUAGCCUGAUCUCGUUCAUGGAGCCCUGCGAGGACUUCUACGAGUUCAUCUGCGGCGGUUGGAUGAAGGCGGCUCGCGUGCCUCACGAGGAUGUGGUCUACAGCAGCCUGUCCGACGUGCACCGCCGCGUGGAGAACGAGAUCAGCGAAAUCCUGAACAACACAGUGAUAUCGUACCGCGACCAGACGGCCACGCAGAAGGCCUCCGCUCUCUACCAAGGCUGCAUCAACAUCGACCUCCGCAACAGCAGGGGUGUCAAGCCCCUGGAAGACCUCAUCAAGUACUUCGAUCUCGGACGCUGGCCCACUCUGAACCGGACGGCGGUGUUCCGAACCUUCUUCAUCCUGGGCAACGUCAUCCGAGAGUUGGGCCUGGACGCAAUCCUUUCGCUCCGCGUCGGGAUCGACUACCACAACAGCGACAGAUACCUAGUCUACAUCGGGCAGCCGUCGUUCGGCGUGGAGCCCAUGGUGCUUCGCGGCCGCUUCCGGUCGCCCUUCUUCCGCAUCCUGCACCGGUACAAGAUCUACAUUUACCGCUGCGCGCUGCUGAUGGGCGCCAGCGUCGCGGCAGCCGACGUCGUCAACGAGAUCGUCGCCUUCGAGGCCAAGCUGGCCGCCAUUAUGGAGCCACCGGAGGCUAUGCACAACCCAAAAAGAGUCUACAACCUCAUGAGCCUGCGGACCUUAGAAGGAGCCAUACCAGAGAUCCAGUGGACGUUCCUGAUCAACACCGUCAUUCGUGACGUGGGCGUAUCCAUGGAUCUGACCGACCACGUGGUCGUGCUCAAUCCGCUCUAUCUCAAGAGGCUCUCACGACUGCUCAAGGAGGUUCCCAGCUCGGCGGUGGCCAACUACCUGGGCUGGCGCAUCGUGCAAACGAUGGGCCAGCACACCACCGAGCGGUUCCGACGAGCGCGGUUCCGCUUCGACCGGUACCGGUACCUGCUGCAGGACGUCGGCGAGAUCCCGAGGGAGUGCGUGCGCCUCACCUCGCGCCUGCUGCACUUCGCCGUGGGCCGGCUCUACUUCGACCGGCACAUCUCGAGGCCCGCCGAGCGAUACAGGAAGCUCUACGACAUGGCUGAGGAGCUGCGAGACGCCUUUGCCGUGCUCAUCGACCUGAACACCUGGAUGGACUCGGACACCAAGGAGAGGGCGAGGCAGAAGCUGCACCACCUGCAGAUGAACAUCGGCUUCCCUCCCUGGAUCAAGAGCGACCGAGACCUGGACGAGUACUAUAAGGACGUCCCGGAUCUGCGCAAGGAGGAGUUCUUCCUCAGCCUCCUGCGCACGCUCAAGAUUUACAACCGCAUCAUGUUCGCCCGCCUACGUCGCUUCAAGAAGGCCGAGGACUUCGGGUGGAUUCCAGCCUACCCGUUUACCGCGAUGCACUACAGCCUACUGGGAAACUAUAUGCUUCUCCCAGUCGACUACAUUCAGUACCCGUUUUUUCUACUGGACAUGGCCCCACCGAUCAAUUUCGGCGCCCUCGGAACCAUCAUGGGGCAGCAGCUGACGUUCGGCUUCGGGGAGCAAGGCGCGCUGUACGAUGAGCACGGCAAGCUGGUGGAGUGGUGGUCCCGCGAGACGCACCGCAAGUUCGUCACCGGCGCCCGCUGCCUCUCCGAGCAGUACGACCAGUUCAACAACCCCAUCACCGGCAUGAAGCUAAGCGUCAACAACACCCUGGAGACGAGCAUCGCUGACAACGCGGGCCUGCGACUCGCCUUCAAGGCUUUCCGGGUGUACAUGACAAAGUACGAGGAGCGCUACGGCAUGUACUCCAUACCCGGCAUGGAGCCUUGGACCAUGGAGCAGGUCUUCUUCAUCGCGUACGCCCUGUCGCGGUGCGAGGUCUCCCGGAAGCGCUCCAUGUACUUCUACCUGCGGCCCCGAGACCAGAUACCCAACCGCUUCAGGACCAUCAUCCCGCUGAUGAACUUCGAGCGGUUCUCGUCCAUCUUCAACUGCAAGGCAGGCACCAUCAUGAACCCAGAACAGAAGUGCAUCGUGUGGUAGCCAGCCGGUCUCUCCGCGUGGCGCCCCCAAAGACCGCACCAGCUGGCCAAUAUAAGUGCGCCAUAAAGUUACCGAUGUCGCGGUUCCCUGUUCUUUUCUUUAACGAUGCCCUACUUCUUGUUCAGCAUGAGGUCAUUCAAUGCACGCAAUAUGUCCAUAGCUAUAAACAUAAUUAGAUGAGCUUUGAUCAAUAUUUCUUUGCUUAACGUGUGCGCCAGGCGUAGCAGCAAAUCGGACUAUUUGCUUUGCAUUGGUGUUGCUAUCGCGGUUUCCUGACUUCAACAGAUCAGCACACAGUGAUACAUUACUUGAACCUAUAAUUUCUGUAAAUAUUAGUAAAUAAAAAUUUCAACCGUAUUGUCGUUUUUGCAUGGCUUUUUUUUUGCGCUUACAGACUUAAUACGUUCAGCUCACCAAACUGAUGAGUUCAGCUAAUUUAACGAGGUCAUUUAUUACCAAGUGAUUCAACCACUUCGGGUCAAUACUUACUUUAUGAUGAGCUCAUACUGAGUUCAAUAUUCUACGAUGACUUCAUAAAAUGCUAUAUCCUAACUACUCUACGCAGGCUUCCCUUUAUCCAGAAGUUGAUUGCGAACUCAUGCAGAAACUCUAGUAAGGUGUCGUUACAAUCCCAUCAAUCUCAGGCCGUCAACGUUUCCCGAGAACUGCACAGUGGCGACAGUUACACACCAACGUGCCCGGUGUGGCAAUGCGUGGCUAGAUUGUGCAUAUAUUGCACGCAUUAAAGCACGUCUCCUGUACAAGCGUGCGAGAACAGCAGGCGCUUUCCUCUUUCUUUUUUCUUUUUUUUUUUUGAAACGCAGCAGCCGCUGAUCAUGGUAUCAAUAAGGAAAGUUUGUAGUUUAGCCUAUGACGUGAAGCAGGGACGCAUUAGCUGUGCGAACUAGCACAUGUCAUGAUUCUGGCAUUGUUUUGUGUUGGAUCUUUCGGAGUCCACAUUCGCAGAUUCGCGCGAGUUGUUCGUUCGAGUGAGAAAGUCGGGUAGGCUGUAUCAGGGACGCAGCCGUAGUGGUACAAGUGAAGCGUCUCAUUGGUGCUGCAGAGGGCGUACAUGUUCGAACUGCAUCACAAAAAGAAAUAAACCUGUAUUGUGUUUUAUUGUACUGUACCUGCGUGUAUUGUACUCGAGCCCGCCGCACUCUCAGAUUCUUGGGGCAUGCCUCAAUAUCUUGUGCUUGCGCUUCCUCUGGAGACGGACACCUUCCACUGUGGUUAAAGUGGGGUGGACAAGGAUUGGCGUUCUGUCUUGCUGUAUUCUGGCACAUAUCUUGGGUAAUAGGCAACCUCCUCCUGGCUAGUAGACAAGCUGGAGGUGAGUGAAAUUCCCAAACAAUGCUAACCUUAUUUUAAAUAUGCACGCUAAAUAAAUCGAGAGUUCGAGGCUAUGACAUGUGCGCAUUCAAGCGGGCAGUCUUGGAACAUGUUCUUUGCCUCACCUAACGGCCGACAAUUGGUCAUCAUCAUUUCAUCUGCUCCUCACGAGCUGCGGCAACCUCAAGCACAUGCGGCCCUUCGUCUCUUUGAUUAAAGCCA